AUACAACCCAAUUGUUGUUCUUAGCCUUAGAACUUUACGAAUACCAAGCUGAGAUAGGCUCACUCCUAGAGGGUCAUCAAGAUCACUUAUAUCUUUACCCCCUGAGCUAUAUCUUGGCGUUAGCCUUACUAGGCGUUGCCCUUUUCUAAGAUACAGAGACAUAUAUCUCUAUAUCUCCACGUGAAAAUCUUUCAAGAUGUCGGUGUUACAUACAGCUCUGGAUGCUGUACUUCGUACACGGCAGGAGGAUGGUUCUUCCGAUGUGGCCCCUGAAUCCGGCUUCACCGUCGAGGUCGACUGCGAUACUGGUAACGAAUACGACGGCCGAAUGGGACUGCGCAUAUCCUCUAUCUUCGUUAUCUUGGUUGGUUCGCUACUAGGUGCUGUAUUACCCGUCUUCUUAGCCCGAGGUGCGAAAGUGAGGGUGAACGGAGCGGCUUUCUUCAUCGCGAAAUAUUUCGGCUCGGGUGUCAUCAUCGGAACAGCAUUCAUGCAUCUCCUCUCGCCGGCAUUCGAUGCUUUAAAAUCGCCGUGUCUUGAUGGCCCCAUUACCGGUUACGACUGGGCGGCUGGAAUUUGUUUAAUGACGGUCUUCGUCAUGUUUACUAUCGAACUUAUUGCGAGCCGCUUUGACUUCUUUGGCCAUGACCAUCACGACGUGAAGGGCGCCGACCCGUCCUUGGAUAUCCUUAAGAAGGGAAGCCAGGUCUCACCGUCGCCAAUCCGAGAUCUCGAGGCUGGCUCGGCGAACAAGGAGAACAAUGCUGGGAACGCAACCAACAAUGGUUUACCUACAGAUCUUAGCUAUCCUCCCGGCGGCGAAGAUCACCUGGGCCACCAACGUGAACACCGCGAUACCGAUAACCAUACUGCUUUCGCCGCGCAAAUGACGGCGCUUUUCAUCCUCGAGUUCGGUGUCAUAUUCCACAGUAUCUUCAUCGGUUUGACACUCGCAGUUGCCGGUGAAGAAUUCACAGUUCUAUAUAUCGUGCUCGUCUUUCAUCAGACAUUCGAAGGUCUCGGUCUUGGAUCGCGGUUGGCUACGGCACAAUGGCCCAGUUCUAAGGCAUGGAUGCCUUAUGCGUUGGCGUUUGGCUAUGCCAUAAGUACGCCGAUAUCCAUUGCCAUCGGCCUGGGUGUGCGAUCAACUCUUCAGCCUGGUAGCCCGAAGAGCUUGGUUAUCAAUGGUAUUUUCGACUCUAUCAGUGCCGGUAUUCUUAUUUACACCGGUCUCGUCGAACUGCUCGCCCACGAGUUCAUGUUUAACUCGUACAUGCGAAAUGCGGGACUAAAGGUUCAGCUCUACGCCUUAGGGUGUGUCGCACUGGGCUGUGGGCUGAUGGCCGUGCUUGCGGAAUGGGCUUAAGAUUGGCCCGGAAGUCCGGAGGCUUUAGUCAGUGGGAUAGAGUAAUAGAUGGGC